AUGUCGGUUUCUUUAAAUGUCAGGGAAAUGUGCCGCAUCUGUCUUUGUGAAGAAGAAAUAGUUGAUAUUCUAAUGCUUGGAGAGCCAACUGCUAAAUGGAUGAGUGAUAUCAAUAAAUAUUUCAACGUCCAAUUGACAUUUCACGAUGACAAGUCUACAAAUUUAUGUAGAAGUUGCAUGCACAAAAUUGAGAACUGGCGUAAAGAUCUGCAUCGUGCCGCAAGUUGCCAAACUAUUAUAGAUUAUCUAGAUAGAAUGCAUGUGGUUUGCACUAGUAAGGUAGAGGAAGGGGGAAUUGAACGUUACGACGUGGAAGUUUAUGUUGACAACCAUUGUUGUGGUAUACCACUCAAGCCCAUCAUGGUCGUAGUAGGUGACAGUCGUAACAAUUAUGAAAUCGAAGACAGUCUAUUGCCUCGUGGUGGCGGACGGCGGUGUGGUCGACCAAAAGAAAACGGACUUUAA